AUGGAGAGCGCAGUGAGCGGCAACGAGUCGCUAAUCCAGAUGAUGCUCCGGACGAUGCUCCAGGAAACGUCGACCCAUAUAAUGAGCGAGCAGAAGAAGAUGCUGCAGAGGCUCUGGGAUGCGUUGCUGGAGAACCAGGGAUCGGCGACGAAGAUGGUGAGCGACCAGCUGGAAAUAACUCAACGACUCCAACAGGAGAUACAGACGGUCAGGGCCGAGGCAGCCGAGGAACGGAAAAAGGCCGCAGAAACUAGACGCAUGCAUGAACAGACCGCCGAGGAACUAAAGGCGAUACAGGAAACAAACGAGCAACUUAGACAGGCGCAAGAACAAACCACGGAAGAGCUGAAACAAGUGCGAGAACAGUUGCACAUCCAGACGUAG